GAAUACGUCCCUUAAAAGACAACGGGUUAUUCUGAAUCACCCUGUAUAAUCGAUUAUAAAUUGGUUUUUAAUUUUAUAUUACAUAUAUUAAUAUUAUAUUAUACUUUUACGGGAAAAUUGUUUUAGCAAUUUUGAUUUUUGCGAGUGCCAUAUUGACCAAUCAAUACCGAUCAUUUAUAUGAUUGGCUACGGUGCCUUUCGUAUCGCUCAGGCUCAACAAGUAUUGCCGCGCGAAUAUCGUAACCUAACCUAGCUGUUCACGUGUUCAUGUGCAGUCUUGUCUCUCGUGCAGUGUUGUCCCUGUGUGCUGCUAUAAAAAAGUGAAAAUGGAUAAUGAAGAGAAACCGAUUUGAAAGAAUUUUUGACAACAUUGGAUAAAAAAGUGGACACAAUGAGAGCCAAACUUGACAUGGUACUUAUAAAUCAAUCCAAAUUGAAUAGAAUUUUACUACCAGAAGAAAAAAUUCUCUCUAAGCCUUCAAAUAUGCCUGCACUUCCUUUAGAAACUAUAGAGCAGGUCAAAAGAUUUGAAAAAUUUUUUUCAAAUGAUACAGCUUGCAGACACAUGCUACUAUUUAAAGUCUUUUUCUUUGGGCAAUGAUGAAGCUCGAGCAGUACCUAAACUCAUGUCAAACCACAUGAUUAACUCUCUUGCUCAAGAGUUCAACUUUGAUGGCCAUGGAGCUAAAUUUGCUUUCAAAUCUACCAAAUUAUGGGAAUUAGUACAAGGUUCACUUUUGUUAAAAUUUGAAGAAAGUGAUCUAAGUGAAGCAUUGAAAUCUCUCAGGUUAUGGCUGCGAAAUGUCAAAGGGAGAAGAGGUUAAAAAAAAACAAUUUUUAUUGUUUUUGA